AUGACGUUUGAAAAUAGAAUAGAAGAGAAGAUAGCAACAUUAACGGCUGCGAAAACGAUUAGCCAGAGAUUUGCCAGGGCGGGAAGAACGCGGAAAGCGUUAGAAACAUAUUUUAUUGGAAAGGGAAUAGCCGCUAAUGCAUCUAGUGCUAUAAUUUUUGCUAACAUCAACUUAAUUCUCAUGCUCAAUGUGACAAAUUUCAAGGUUUGGAAGGAGAACAUUCUCAUUGUUCUUGGCUACAUGGAUCUAAACAUUGCUUUAAGGACUGAACAACCCCAACCACUCACUGCGGAUAGCAUUCCUGAUGCAAAAAAGGAGUAUGAGAGGUGGGAGCAUUCAAAUCAUAUGAGUCUAAUGAUCAUCAGCCGUGGCAUUCCGGAAGCUUUCAGGGGCACAAAAUCCGAAGGGAUUACUAAAGCCAAAGAUUUCAUUUCCAAAAUUGAGAAACGUUUUGCUAAACACGAUAAGAUAGAAACAAGCACGCUUUUAGCUUACUUGAUUUGGAUGAAGUAUAAGGGCAAAGGAAAUAUCAGAGAGUACAUCAUGGAGAUGUCUCAUAUUGCAUCAAAACUUAAGGCACUAAAACUCGAUCUAUGUGAUGAGUUAGUGGUGCAUUUGGUUCUGUUGUCUCUUCCUGCACAAUUUAAUUAG